AUGUCGGACCAGGUUCAGGAGAUCCUCGACGUCCCCAGGGAAUUCCUCAAGGACGGGCUUCAGUUCAUCAACAGGAGCCAGAAGCCCGACCGCAAGGAGUUCCUCAAGAUCUGCCAGGCCGUCGGCGUCGGCUUCCUGGUCAUGGGCGCCGUCGGAUACGUGGUCAAGCUGAUCCACAUCCCACUCAACAACAUCCUCGUCGGCGGCGCAUAA